AUGAAGUUUGUUUCAUCUGCUGAGACAAAACCAACCAGCACGACAACAAUUUCUGAGGAUUCAAAGUCAGGUCGAGGUAUGAGCACAAUGCCUCGUGUUGUGAAGAGAAAAUUGCAAAAAAUCAAGCCAGUUGUUGAGUACAAUAAAAGGGGGAAAGUAUGUGGCCCUGCACAUACUGAGAUGCAGUCCUACAUUGGUGUGUUGGCACGCUCCAGAGUCCCACUUGUGGACAAGUAA